UUCCCAAGGGCUUGGGCUGUACAUAAGGAGCACCUCCCGCCUGCUGCUGCCUACCGUCCACCCGUCUGGCUUUCUCUGGGGUCUUGGGAUCCAAGGGGCACCAUGAAGUGGCUGCUGCUGCUCGGCCUGGUGGCGCUCUCUGAGUGCAAGGUCUACAAGGUCCCCCUCGUCAGAAUGAAGUCCCUGAGGCAGAAGCUGAUCGAGCAUGGCAAGCUGCAGGAGUUCCUGCAGACGCACAGCGUCAACCCGGCCAACAAGUACUUCCCCACUGAGCCAGCCAACAUGAUGGCCGACCAGCCCCUGCAGAACUAUAUGGAUAUGGAGUACUUUGGCACCAUUGGCAUCGGAACACCCCCUCAGGAUUUCACAGUCAUCUUCGACACUGGCUCCUCCAACCUGUGGGUGCCCUCCGUCUACUGCUCCAGUCCUGCCUGCUCCAAUCACAACCUCUUCAACCCCCAGCAGUCCUCCACCUACCAGGCCACCAGCCAGACAGUGUCCAUCACCUAUGGCACUGGCAGCAUGACAGGCAUCCUUGGAUAUGACACCGUCCAGGUGGGAGGCAUCGCCGACACCAACCAGAUCUUCGGUCUGAGCGAGACCGAGCCUGGCUCUUUCCUGUACUACUCUCCCUUCGACGGCAUCCUGGGUCUGGCCUAUCCCAGCAUCGCUUCCUCUGGGGCCACACCUGUCUUUGACAACAUGUGGAACCAGGGUCUGGUUUCCCAAGACCUCUUCGCCGUCUACCUGAGCCCUAAUGACCAGAGUGGCAGCGUGGUGAUGUUUGGUGGCAUCGAUACUUCUUACUACACUGGAAACCUGAACUGGGUGCCCCUUUCUGCCGAGGGCUACUGGCAGAUCACCGUGGACAGCAUCACCAUGGACGGAGAGAUCAUCGCUUGCAGCGAGAGCUGCCAGGCCAUUGUUGACACAGGCACCUCUCUGCUAUCUGGCCCAAGCAAUGCCAUCGCCAACAUCCAGAGCUACAUUGGUGCCAGCGAGGACUCGAACGGCCAGAUGGUGAUCAGCUGCUCAGCCAUGUACAACCUGCCCAACAUCAUCUUCACCAUCAACGGGAUCCAGUACCCUCUGCCCGCCAGUGCCUACAUCCUGCAGAACCAGCAGGGCUGUGCCAGCGGCUUCCAGGGCAUGAACCUCCCCACUGCCUCCGGAGAGCUCUGGAUCCUGGGGGAUGUCUUCAUCCGCCAGUACUUUGCUGUCUUCGACAGGGCGAACAACCAGGUGGGCCUGGCUCCCGUGGCCUAAGCCUGAGUUUCUGGCCACUUCCCAGGAAUAUCUGGCCUCCAUUGCCCACUCAGAUGAACAUAAUUGUCCUGACUGUUCUCCUGGGUUCAUGGAGGUGGAAUCCUGGCCUUGUUCCUAUCUUACCAAUAAUGUACAAUAAAGACAUAACCUCCUACAAA